UGGGUUUUCUUCAGUUUCUGCCACCCCACCUGCAAAAAUUGUAACUUCAGUCGUCUCAAAUGUGGUGUCUGUUCUUGUUAAAUGGCUAUUGUCACUAAAAUCAGAACCCAAAGCUGCUGUUUCAAGCCGUUCCAUGAUGAAAUUUGAAGGUGGAUACACUGUGGAAACAGUUUUUGAAGGAAGCAAGCUUGGGAUUGAACCAUUAUCUGUUGAAGUUUCCCCCAAUGGAGACCUCUUGGUGUUGGAUGCUGAAAAUAUUAACCUUUACAAGAUUUCCAUGCCACUGUCUAGGUAUAGCAGACCUAAGCUGCUUGCUGGAUCAUCCGAAGGGUAUUCGGGGCAUGUAGAUGGGAAACCACGAGAAGCUAGAAUGAAUCAUCCGAAGGGGCUAACAGUGGAUGAUAGUGGAAAUAUAUACAUUUCAGACACGAUGAACAUGGCUAUCAGAAAGAUCAGUGAAUCAGGGGUUACAACUAUAGCUGGAGGAGGAAAAUGGAGCCGAGGAGGAGGCCAUGUUGAUGGUCCAAGUGAAGAUGCGAAAUUUUCAGAUGAUUUCGACUUGGUUUACAUUAGAAGUAGCCGCUCUCUUUUUGUAAUAGAUAGAGGAAACCAGGCAAUUCGUGAAAUCCAACUAAAUGACAAUGAUUGUUCGUAUCAGUAUGAUGGCAGUUUUCAUUUAGGUAUAGCAGUUCUUGUUGCCACUUCCUUCUUCGGUUACAUGCUUGCCUUACUACAGCUUAGGGUACAAGCAAUGUUCUCAUCCCAUGAUGCAAGUGACCUGAUAACUCCAAUAAAGAGAGGAGCGACGAUGGCACCCGUGGCACCGUAUCAGAGGCCUCCGUUAAUUCCUCCAGAAGAUGAACCUGAAAAGGUAGAAGAGGGCUUCUUCGGUUCAAUAGGUAGGCUCGUCCUCAACGCUGGUUCCUCCGUUGCUGAAAUCUUUGGGGGAUUAUUUUCUGGAUUCAGAAGGAAGCCUCAGUACUAUCAGUUUCAACAUCCGUACCAGCAAUCAUCCAUGCACUCGAGAGGAUGGCCUACGCAGGAGAGCUUUGUCAUCCCCGAUGAAGACGAACCACCAUCCUUAGAUACUCGAACGCCGACACCGAAGAGAAGUUACCCAUUUCCAGCCAAAGAACUGGGAAGGAAACACCAUAUCAAGCAAAGCAGGCCUCAGUAUAACGGAUGGGAUGCUGAUUAUCAGCAGCAGCAGCAAAUGCAGAUGCAUCACCCUCAGCAGCAGCAGCAGCCGCAGCAGCCGCAACAGCAGCGCCUGCAGAAGCAUUAUUCAUCAAACCCGCAAACAUACUAUGAGAAGAACUGCGAGACAAACGAGAUUGUUUUCGGGGCAGUUCAAGAACAAGAUGGAAGGCGCGAAGCCGUGGUGAUAAAGGCCGUAGACUAUGGGGAUCCAAGUUAUAGUCACCACAAUCUUCGACCUCGUUUGAAUUAUAUGGGUUACUCCCAUGGCUAUUGACCAUUUGGUCUAUUAGCUUUUAAUAUAAUCAAAUGAAAGUAAAACAAAGAUACUUAAAGUCCAUAUGCUAUGAACAUGGGGGAGAUGCAAGCUUAUGGAUGAUGAAGGU